GCAUGGAUUUAUUAUUUUAUAUUUGUUUAUUUAUUGGCCUCACCAAAAAUCAUUCAUGUCAUAGAUGACAGCUAUUGAACAACACAUUACAUAUGCGUAAGCAUAACAAAGCAUUACUGAUUUGCAUAAUUUUUUAUAUUUUUCAUCUCUUUCCAACUGACGCUUUCAAGACUGUCACAAGUCAUUUAGACAAAACCUCUUUUCGUGAUUGUCUUGGAACAACAAUUGUUCCAUUCAUUGCAGAACGUAAUGAAAACACAACUAAAGAUUAUCCUUAUUAUUGAGCCCUGAAUAAGCUUUAACUUGUGUUACUUUCUAAAUUUUAAUAGGUCAAACUAGUUCAUAAAUGUAUUUGUCAAUUACGACAUUAACACCCAAUUGUUGCAUUCAAAUGUUUUCUGCCUCUAUUUUGUGCUUUUCUUCACGUUUUUAGAUUCCGACAAUAAAAUUCAAAUACUGAAUUGCUUAAUCUUUUUUUAACCCAGACGUACUAAAUGUAUUUUUAAUCGCUCAUCGGCUCCAUUAUUAAUCAUACUCGCCUCUAUGGGACAACCAUUUGCUGAACUUGGCAAACAGCAUUGCAACCAUUUUCCGCGCAGGGCGUGUGUUCACCAGAAAGAGACUGCCGAAAGGCUGCAUGUGUGUUUUUUCCCCUCCUAAGCCAAUGAGCUUUGCUUUGGCAUGAGUCACUCCCUCAUCCUGCCUCUAUAUGACAGAGCGGACAGUGAAAUGGUGGCUACUGCUUCAAGUUACCAUUAGGAAGAAACCAACUACAGACACAUUACAGAAUCGCAGCGGACCGAAAGAGCAACUUUCAGACCUACCGAUGGCAAAAAAUCAGGAGAUAGGAAUGACCGCGGCCAAAGUGUUGGGCUAUGUGGAGAAGGUCUCCUCCUUCGCCUCCUCUAUAGAUCCUCUCUUUGGGUUUGUGACUUCUGUAGUUGGAGUGGUUAGGAGAGGCCUGGUGGAGAAGGAGGACCAUGAGCUGGCCAAGGACUUUAAGCAGAUCCACCAAAAGUUGGAAACAAUCUCGGAGAAGAACAAGCAAACCCUUCGAAAGAUCUGCAUCGAUGAAAUCAACGAAACUUUCGGUAAAUAUGAGGAGUUCAUCAAGCAUCAGUACGGAGCCUUUAAUACCAUGGUGGAGAAGGUAAAGCAGGACCCAGACAACACCAAGCGUCACAUGGAUGACUUUGUGGAGAUCUACGAGAGCGACAAAAGCGGCAUGAGCUUAGACGUGUUUUAUCGUGGAGUGAUGGGCACCGAGUCUCUGUUUGGGGGGCAGAUGCUGAAGGUCUACCUGGAUGAAUGCAAGAGGAACAGAAGCGUGAUGGAGGCCAGAUGCUCACAUAUGUCUCACCUGUUCCACAUCGGUCUUAUAGCACUGAUGGCCUACACCUCGGUCAAAGAAGUUGACGAGGAAGAACUGAGAGACAAAUGGGGCAAAAGGGUCAUUGAUAUUCAAACCAAGAUGCAGGAAGUUCUGGACCAAUGUGAACAGGAGAACUGAGGGUGGGAUGAUGCACUGAAAGAUUGCUCAGACAAAUCCAUUUUAUGCUAAACUGUCGAAUGUCAUGAGCAGGAUUUAAUCGAGAAAAAUGUAAAAUGGUUGACUCUUCCUCAGCUGUUCAUGAUAGAUACUUUGUACGUGUAAUGCAAGCUCUUAAUAUAUAUCAACCAAAGCCUUUUUAAAGCAUGAUGCGAGUCAUUUUAGUGUGACUGAGUAAAAUGCAAAGAAGCAACACGUUUAAAUCUUUAAGUUGCAUAUCGUGAGCAGUUAUUAACAGAAUUGAGUGUCUUGUUUUGUGGACCAUCUUUGCCUUGUGAGCUCAAUAAAUGGUUAUAUUUUUCUCUCAA